UUGGUGGGGCGAGAGGAGUCGCGGUCACUGUCGCUUGACCUGCCCCUCGCCACCAAGACCUCGGCCUGUUGACACUCAACGUCUUUUGGAGGCAGAUCACACGGAUACUAUACACCUAAUCUAGACGUAUACAAUGGUGUCCUAGGCGAGCCCCGUCGGCGCACCGGGGCAGAAACGAGAUCAGGGGCGGCUUGCCCCGACUUGGCAAGCAGAUAUGCUGGAGGUGGAGUGGGGGCUGCCAGACCUGCACGUGGGUCUCGGUGAUGCUUCUAAUUUUGCAAUGGGUAUCGCCCCGGAUGUGGGCUUCGGGGGCAGCAACGCGGCGAUGGAUGCGGAUCAGCCGUCCCAGCAAGCGACGCUCGCGCAGACGCCCAGCCCGGCGCAGCCGCAGCCAGCAACACAAACCGGAGGAAUUUCUGUUGAUGUGGGUCAAGCGCCGUGCGCGGCAGUGCCAGUCGCGCAAGUACCCGCGCCGAUGGUUCUGCAGGCCGCAGCGCCCCUGCCCGCAGCCAUUGAGAACCCGACCGCGGUCACGGAGCUCCAGCGCGCCGCCAGCGCCCCCCAGCCGCCUGGCCCCAUGCACCUGGUCAUGAACCCCGCGGCGGCCAUGCAGGCGCAGCUCGCUGCCGCAGCAGCUGCGGCCGCGGCUGCGGCACCGGCGUGGCUCACCGCCUUCCCACCAGCAGCGCCUUACUUCGCCUACGCGGCUUUCGCCGCUGCCGCGCAGCAGCAACAGCAGCCGCAGGCAAUGCAUCUAGGUUUGCCGGCGAUGCUGGCGCCGAUGCAGCCGCCCAUGGCCGCCCCAGCUGCCGCGCCAGCCCCCUCGCCAGUCGUCGCGGUGCCGGUGCCGGUACCGCCCCACGCGACGACCCAUGCCACGCCGCUACCCGCACCAACAGUGCCUGCGGCCAUGCCAGUGGCCUCGUCUGCCGUCCAGCCGCCCACGCAGCAGGUGCCGCAGCCACAGCCGCAGCCGCAGCCACAGGCGCAUGCCCCGCAGCCGCAGGCGGUGGCCCCGCCUUCGCUUGAGGAGCCGGCGCCGUCUCCCUCCCCCGCGCCCACUCCCGCGCCCACUCCGGCGCCUCCGCUAGAGCCAGCAAACGCGCCGGCGCUGGCGCCGGCGCCACCGGUGCCGGCACCGCUGGGCGCGCCCUACCCGGGCUUGGGCAGCGCCUCGCCCCUCAUGCUGAUGGGCGACGCCGACGACAGCCUGCUCGGUGAGGAGUGGCACCCGGGGGCGGGCGUGUCGGGCGGGCUGGGCCUCAUGGGCGGCGAUGAUGACAUGAUGAUGGGCUGGGGCGCCGACGGCGUGGGCGGCGUGGGCGGCAUGGGCUGCGCCGAUGUCGGCAUGGGCGCCGACAGCGAAUGGGCGGGCUGGGGCACUGCGCCGUCGCCGUCGCCGCUGGCGGACACGUCGGCGGCUAGCGGCGACGCGGGUGCUGAUGAUGGGGAUGCAGCGGCCGCCGCCGCGGCUGCGGCAGCGGCGGCAGCAGCUGCUGCCGCAGCAGCUGCCGCGGCCGCUGCCGCGGCCGCGGCCGCGGCGGAGCGGUUGCAGCGGUCUGGGUCCAUGCCGGCGCACCAGUCGCUGCCGCCGCCGCAGCCAUCGGCAGCUGCGGCGCAGUCGCCGUAUGGAGGCUGCGGCAAACACCUUGGCGAGGCGGCGCAGCACCAGCAUCAUCCGCAGGCAGCGUCACAGGCGGGCGAGCUCUCAGCUGGGGGAGCAGCGGCAGCGGGCGGGGCCGCGGCUUCACUCGCAGUGCCGCACCGGGCGGCGCAGCCGGCCGCGGCCGCUGGCCGCCUGGCGGCUGGCGUGGCGGGCGGCGGCGGCGGUGGCGGCUAUGGCUCCGCGCUUCUGGCUGGCGGCGCGCGGCGGCCGCGGCGGCUGGCGGCGCAGGCGGCGCGGCGCGUCAUUGAGGUGUGCGCUGCUAGUGACCGCCAGGUGGCUGCGGAGGAGGACGAGGAUGAGGAUGAGGCAGCGAGCAGCGAUGAGGAUGCAAUGGCGGACGAGUUGGGCGAGUUGGAUGAGGAUGAGCGGCUGCCGCUGCCCGGCGGCGGCCGUUCCCGCUCGCAGCCGCAGCUGCAGGCGCCGCAGCACCGGCAGCAGCUGCAGGCGUCAGCGUUUGGGCAGCCGCGUCACCACGGCCUGCACGGCGCGGCGGCGCAGUCGCACUACCUACACCAGCAGCAGCAGCAGCAGCAGCAGGCGGCGGCGGCGGCCGCGGCGCAGCGCUCGGGGUCGGGCGGGCUCGGGGGCGGUACGGCGGGCAAGGCACAGCGCCCGCCGGCAAACGGGCGCUCGGGCGGCGGCGGCGGCGGCGGCGGCAGCAGCCACGCCAAGCAGCAGCAGCGGCAGCAGCAGCGGCAGCAGCAGCAGGAGCAGCGCGAGCAGCAGCGGCAGGCGGCUGCGGCAGCGGCCGCCGCGGCCGCCUCCGCCGCGCCUGGCGGCAGCGCAUCACGCAGCCCUGGCGAUGGCGCGGGCCGCUCUUGUGCUGAGUGCGGCGUGGGCAAGACUCCGCUGUGGCGGCCGCACGGGACGCUGCCUGGCGUGCACACCUGCAACGCCUGCUACCUCCGCCACUACCGCACCGGCAGCUACCAGGCGCGCGCGCCGCGCAGCGGCGCCAAUAAAGCCGCGGCUGCCAGCGCCGCCGCCGGUCCCGCGGCCUCCGCGACCGUGUAUGCGGCCUCGCCGUCGCCACUGACUGCCGCAGCCGCCGGCGCCGGUGCCGGCGGCGAAGCCGUGGCGGCGGCGCCCGCCGCCCGCUCGGACGUCACCUCUGACACGGCUUCGGACGCCACCGCGGAGGUCACCGCCGACGCCGCCGCCAGCGACGCCACCGGCGCCUCCGACACCCUGACGGCGGCGUCUGACGGCGCCGACGCGGUGGUUGUGGGCGACCUCAUCACCGCCGUCGCCGGCUCGGCAGCGUAUGCGCAUCACGCCGACAUCGCCGGCUCUGUCUUCUCGUUCGUUGGUGUUGGCGGCAGCGGCGCGGAGCUCUGCGGCGGUGCCGCCGCCGACGCCGUCCUGCUGCCGCCGGCAUCGGCGUCGCAGGAAGAUGUUUGGGCGGCGGCGCGGCCGCCACCAGCUCUGCCGCAGUUGCCGGAGGUCAAGAUGGAGGCGUGCGGCGGCGGCGGUGAUGCAUCGGCGUCGCUGGCGUUGUUGCCUGCUGCCCUUGCUGCCGUGCCGGCCGCCGCCAAGGCCGAGCAUAGCAUGGACGUCGACGGCGGUGCCGGCGCUGCUGCCGCGUCCGUGGCACCUUCGGCUUGCGCCGGCGCCGGUGCGGUGGACGCCUCUUCACCGCCAGUAGACGUGGCCUGCGACACCUGCAGCGCGCCCUACAUCCGGCGGCCGGGCAUGCCGUCCGGCUUCUUCGCGCACCGCACCCGCGCCUUCACCUGCCACGGCUGCUGCACGCGCAACCGCCGCCAGCACGGCUUCUACGGCCCGCCCGGCGCACGUAGCCUGGAGGAGGCGGGCGGCCGUGCCUGCUCCGAGUGCGGCACAGAGGCCACCUCCCGCUGGACUGCGCACCCGGCACGCCUGGGCGACUACGCGUGCCACACCUGCAGCCAGCGCCUGGGUCCCAGCUCACCCCAUCAGCCCUCCUUCCAACCGCCGCCGCCGUCCCUCCAGCAGCCGCCUCGACCGCAGCACCAGCAGCAACAGCAGCAGUCCGCGCAGUGGCCGCUCAAGGCUGAGCAGGUAGCGGUUGGCCUUAGCGACGCGGCAGCGGCAGGCACGGAGCUGGUGCCGCCGCCCGCACCGCCGCCGCCCGCGCCUACACCCGCCCCUGCUGGCGCGACCUGCAGCGCGCGGCUCCGCGCCAAGGCCGCGGCAGCAGCCCACCGGCCGCUUGACGGCAGUGAUGCGUCGGCGGCAGCCGGCAGCCCUGGCAGCCUGGCAGCUGCGAACGGCCACGGCAGUAGCACCUGCGGCGGCCACGGCAGCAGCAGCGGCAGCGGCGGCGGCGGCAUCCGCUGCGCCACCUGCUCCUCGGCGUUCGUGCACCGCCCCGGCGUUGCGAACGGCUUCUUUUCGCACCCAUCGCGCGCCUUCACCUGCCACAAGUGCUGCCAGGCCAACCACGCGACGCACGGAUUCUACGGCCCACCCGGCACGCGCAAUCUGGAGGAUGCUGGCGGCCGCGCCUGCGGCCACUGCUCCGCCACCGAGACGCACGAAUGGCGCACGCACCCCACCAUGGUGUCAGCCUACAUCUGCGGCAAGUGCCGCGGCCGCCUCCGCAACGGCACCCUGUCCCCUGCCGACCUCCGGGGCGACGGGUCCGGCUCCUCGGCGGCGGCUGCGGCGGCCGCGCCUGCGGCCGCUGCGUCCGGCGGCUCCGGCAAGGCCGCCGGGCGCGGCAGUGCCGCCGCCGCACGCGGCGGUGGCGCAGCGCGCGCCAUGGCGGCGCCGGUCGCGCCGCCGGCGCCGCCGAGCGCGGGCGAUGGCGGCGGCGGCUCGGAGGACGACGACGAGCCGCUGGCUGUGCUGCUGCAAGCGGAGGCACAGGCGCAGCCGCAGGCGCUGUUGGGUGGUGGGCGGCGCGCUUCCGGCGGCGGCGGAGGCGGCGCCAAGCGCUCCGCUCCCGACGGCGACGUGUGCGCGGCGGCGGCGGCCCUUCUGGCAGCGGCGCUAAGCGUGGGCGGCGCGAUGCGGUCUAGGCGUGACGUGACUGUGGUGCGCCUGGUUCAGACUUCCUGUGGCUUCUCGCCGGCGCGGACACUGUGCGCAUGCUGCUGCGUGGUAGCACCGUACGAGACGGAAUGAGGGGGCACAGCCGCCGACUGCAUCCGAGCAUAUGGCUGCUCGGCUUAACUCGGAGCUCUGAGAACCUCGGGCUGCUGCUCAUGCCACAUGCCGGGUGCGUGUGGCUCCACGUUAGGAUGGGCGUAGCACUCUCGCGUUACGGCAUCCAGAGACCGCUGCAGAAACGGGCGUUGCGUGCAAGUGCGCGGACGGUGUAGGCAGUAGCUUUGAUGGGGGUGGGGCCAGGGCCACGACGCAACCCGCCUUGGCUGGCAGUGUAGUGACAGGGAGCUGUAACGCGGUUACUGAUUGCUUGUGCAGAUGUGCGUAUGUAUUCGUGCGCAUUGUACCGUGACGUGGCUAUUGUGUGGCGGUAAUGGUGACCUUCUAGACGCGUAGAGCUCAGGCGUGAGGGCGGACCUAGGACAGGCACGAAUCGUUCCUUCUAUCCACUUCGCUCUAAUCAUGCAGCCGGACGGCAAUCACGCGUACAGGACAGGACUAAAAAGAAUGCACUGAUUGGGAUGUUUGAGUGGCCUGGCAUGGUCUAGGUCUGGCACAUAAAGCCUUGUACGCAUUGUGUGCGAUUGCUGGUGAAGUGAAGACGCUUCGGGGUGAGCAGGCGGGUGGGCGGGGCGAUGGGGAAGCCGUCCCGACACGCUCUUCGGACUUCCUGGACGUGGACGAAGAAAAGGAAAUAGAGCACAUGGGCUACCCUUCUGAAGCGCAGGCGGUGUUGCUCCCUCCGUGUCAUACUGGGUUUGUGACAUGCGUUGCAGAACGACUUUUUGCACUGCCUUCCCUGACGGCCGGAUAAACCUCGUGCAUGCGCUGGGUGCCUUGGCCAGCCGCUGGAGUGCCUGGCGGCGAGGCCGCGCAGCGGGCAAUCACCGCACGUGCUGCACGGGCGAGAAUAAUGCAGGGACCUGGCACGGAGGCAUGGGAGCAUGGGGGCAUGCGAUCAGGUGGGCGCACACGUGCUAGGUCUGCGAUGAACUUGCGACCCAUGAGCUUGGUGUGCGUCAGGGUACCGUGUUUGCGACUUGAGCAUUCAGUGGCGCGGGGUGUGUGUGCGAAAGGCGGCGCGUAAGAGGCGUGCAAUGGGAACCCGUUGAAUGAAGAGCAGGGGGCGUGGUAGGCUUUGCAGGGGCGGCAUGGAUGCCUGGGAGUUGGAGGUAGCCCUGCUGCAGUGGGCGCAUGCAAGCGUAAUGCCUGGACGGGGCAAUGUGGCGCUUGCGGCGGGCUCUAUGCCGCCGCAUAGUCGUCUGGCCGCGUCGGUGUGCAGGCAGUGUAGGCGUGUUGCAGCAGAGCAGGGCUGGAGCUGUAGUGUGGGGCUAAGCAGGGUCGUACCAAGUCUGCGUGGUUCGGUAGGGGCUGCGGUGUUUGGAGGUGCGAGUGGUCGGGGCUGGGCAGCGGCAUGUAAGGACCAUGUCGU